AUCCUGGAUUGUCGGAUUAAUAGCAGGCCAUCGAUGGUACUAAAAUUCGUCGAUCAAAAGGGAAUAUGCUCGGAUUCGAAGGAAACAUAAACACAGAAGUCCAAGUACAAAGUAUUUAAAAAUUCACUACAAUCCCAGCAGUGCAGUUAGCCAGUGAGAUUUGAGUUUCUAGGGUUCUCCAAUCUCCGCCACCCCUGUUUCAUUCUAAUUUCUGUGAAACAAUCCAAGAUACGGAAGAACAUUUUCCAGUUGUCGUCAUCAAAUGCAUUGCUAACAUCGAUUUUUGGGCGGCAGUAUCUUUACGCUGAUUCGUUCGAAUAUGCUUAGCACCAGAAAAUAUACCGGGAAUGUUCUGUUUCAGGUUUACAAUGGUUUUUGCCCUUUUGUACAGAUAUAUGAGUUUUAUUUGGGGGAAAUUUGGUUUUCCUCUUCCAAGAAUACGACUGGGCGAAGAGACUUGAAUCAUAAGACCUAUAUAUAUGCUCCCUUCGGGGGUUGUUUUGUGAAACGAUUGUUGCUGUGAGAAUGGGAGACAAUAACUCUUUGAUGACGGGUCGUGUGCUUUUGGCUUUUGAUGCCACAAAAGAUCGAAAUGAGCUGGAGUUUAAGAAUGUUAUAGAUGACAUUAUAUCCCGAGGUGACGUGAUUAAGAGGGGAGAUACCAUUGUGGUGUUUGGUGUUCUGCAUAAGGUCUCCCAUCCCUUUGGUUACCAAAUGCAGAUAGAGAGAGUGAACAUCAGAGCCAUGGAAGAAGAAAUUCAAUUAAAACUUGAUAUGUAUGCAAAAAUGCUACAAACAAGUGCCGAAGAUUGCAAAGAAGAAGGGGUUGACAUAGAAGUGAAGAUUACUUGUGGAACUCCUAUUAAGAAGAUUAUUCAACAGGAGGCUUCAGCUUGUAAUGCAACAUGGGUUGUCCUUGAUAGGCACCUGAAAAAGGAUGUGAAGUUUUACCAAGGUCAAAUCCUUUGCAAGCUUGCAUCAGUUGUAGAUAACUUGACCAUAAAGCCUUUAAAAACCGAGCCCAUUAGUGACACCGAUAACACAGAAGUCAAAGUGGUUCUUUACAGGUCAAAGCAUGUGCAGCUAUCAGCUCCAUCUCCACAGGAUCACAAUAAUGUUGACCAGUCAGUUAUUUCUCAUACUUCCUAUGAAAACCUUGAAAUGCCUUCAAAGAAACCUCUGUCUUCAUUAAUGCACAAACCUUCCAUAUUAACUGAUGAUGUAGAUGCUGCAUCAAAGCAAGAUGUAUCAGGCAGCCUCUCUUGCGUUGGUAAGAAUCGUACCAAUUCAUCGGUCGUUGGAAAUUUACGAAAAAGUCCUCGGCGAAAGAGAUCCUCUGGUACACCUGUUCUGUGCAAUGCUUGUGGGAUGACAACAGAAUUGUAUAUCAAGGAGUCCAUGAGAUUCAGUUACUCAGAAAUACAUCUUGCGACAAAUUAUUUUUCAGAGGAAAACUUGUUAGGUGAAGGAGGUUAUGGUCUAGUUUACAAGGGUCAGCUCAAUGAUGGCCAAAUCAUUGCUGCUAAGGUACGGAAACAAGCAAGCACACAAGGAUUUGAAGAAUUCUCUUCUGAAAUUUAUGUUUUGAGUUUUGCACGCCAUAGAAACAUCGUCAUGCUGUUGGGUUAUUGCUGCAAGGAAAACAUUAAUAUAUUGGUUUAUGAAUAUAUCUGCAAUAGAUCACUAGAAUGGCAUCUCUUUGAUGAAGCAGCAAAUGUCCUUGAAUGGCGUAAAAGACAUGCAAUAGCUAUAGGAACUGCAAAAGGAUUGCGAUUUCUUCAUGAAGAGUGUCGCAGUAGUCCUAUCAUUCAUCGGGAUCUUCGACCAAGCAAUAUAUUGCUGACCCAUGACUUUGUGCCAAUGUUAGGUGAUUUUGGGCUUGCAAAGUGGAAGACGAAUGGUUCUCCUAUCCAGACUAGAAUAUUGGGUACAUUAGGUUAUGUGGCGCCAGAGUAUGCAGAGAACGGAAUGGGACGAAAAGCUGUUACUUCAGAUACACAAGACCACCAUCAAUCCCUCAGACAAUGGGCCGAACCAUUAGUAGAGAGCCUUGCUUUGCAUGAUCUGAUUGAUCCUCGACUUGGAGAUUCAUAUGAUCCGUAUGAGCUGUACCACAUGGCAAAAACAGCUUACCUGUGUGUCAAAGUUGACCCCCGACAAACGUCCAUCCAUGGGAGAGGUUGUGCAGCUACUUGAAGGGGAGACAGACCAUUUUAAAACAUUGACCGAUCAAUUUAUCCCACAUUUUAACCACUAGUUAAUGUAUAUGAUAAUAUAUUAUAUACGUGGUAAGUAACAAUCUGUUCACCCGAUGCGACAACUCCUUAUUCCUUACUCCUUACUCAAGGAGAAGGAGAAAGGCAUUCUUUGUGAUCCAUAACAACGGGUUGGAUUGACUAUUCUGUGAUCUACUAAAAUCAAAAUGUUCAAUCUUUUGCUGUCAAACAAAAUCUCAAUUUAGCCUUCUUCAUGUAUGUAUGUUGGUCUUGUUGCUUAUACCUACCAAUACAAUAUAUAUAUAUAUAUACUAGCCGUUUACCCGCGCAAAGCGGCGGACGAC